GAUGUGUUGGGUAUAACCCCCUCAGUGUGCAGACUUUGUUUAACCACAGUUGGUAGCGGAGCUGAAGAGAAUCCCCCAGGCCCCACAAUGCAGCCCUUUGCGGUGCUCCUCUGGGUGGGAGUCCUCAUCGGCUCCAGUAAGUCCCAAGAUGCUGCUGGGCCUGAGGAAUCUCCAGCUCCUGACGCCACUGGGGCUGCGGUGGUAGAGGAGGAGGACCCUUUCUUCAAGGUCCCUGUGAACAAGCUGGCAGCCGCUGUCUCCAACUUUGGCUACGACCUGUAUCGCCAGAAAUCCAGCACGAGCCCCACCUCCAAUGUGCUGCUGUCCCCUCUCAGUGUGGCCACCGCUCUCUCUAGCCUCUCCCUGGGUGCUGGGCCCCGGACGGAAAGCCUGAUACACCGGGCUCUUUAUUAUGACUUGAUCCAUAACCCGGAUAUCCACGGCACUUACAAGGAACUUCUCGCUAAAGUCACCGCUCCACAAAAGAACCUGAAGACCGCGUCCCGGCUUGUCUUAGAGAAAAAGCUGCGGAUAAAAGUUGGAUUCGUUGGGCCGCUGGAAAAGUCAUAUGGAUCCAGGCCCAAAAUUCUGACAGGCAACGCUCGGACUGACCUUCAGGAAAUGAACAACUGGGUGCAGAUCCAGACUAAAGGGAAGAUGGGCCGGACGCUGAAGGAGCUGCCCAGUGGAAUUAGCGUUCUUCUUCUUGGGGUAGCGUUCUUCAAAGGGCAGUGGGUGACUAAGUUUGAUCCUGAGAAGACCUCCCUGCAGGACUUCCACUUGGAUGAAGACCGAACUGUAAAAGUCCCCAUGAUGUCAGACCCCAAGGCUAUCAUACGCUACGGCCUGGACUCCGACCUCAGCUGCAAGAUUGCCCAGGUGCCCCUGGCGGGAAGCAUGAGCGUCAUUUUCUUCCUGCCGCUGAAAGCCACCCAGAACCUGACACUCAUAGAAGAGAGCCUCACCUCAGAGUUCAUUCACGACAUUGACAGAGAGCUGAAGACCAUCCAGGCAGUGCUAACUGUACCCAAGCUUCAGCUGAGUUUCGAGGGAGAAGUGUCCAAAACACUUCAGGAGAUAAAGCUCCAGCCUCUGUUCAACUCCCCGGAUCUCAGCAAGAUCACGGCCAGACCCAUCAAGCUCACUCACGUGGUGCACCGCUCAUCUCUGGAAUGGAGUGAGGAUGGGGUGGGAGCCGCCCCCAGCCCUGCGCUACUGCCCGCUCGACUGACCUUCCCCCUGGACUACCACGUCAACCAGCCUUUCAUCUUUGUGUUGCGGGACACCGACACGGGUGCCCUUCUCUUCAUUGGCAAAAUUCUGGACCCCAGGGGCAACUGAUUCCCGCAGGAGGAGGUUGGGGAUCUGGGAGGGGGUGGCAGGUCACUGCUCUGCUGUAACAGUCUUCCCCGCACUCUGCAAUAAAGCAGCUUUUGGUCGUUGACCUCUACGA